AUGGAAGCACUGUACAGAAAUGUUCGUUUGCCAGAGUCAAUACGCGGGAAGGGGGUUGAAGGUCAUAAUUAUACGUAAGCUCUAGUCAGAGCCCCUUGUCGAAUAGAAGAUAAGAAUUUAAACAUUUGCUUACUGAUGAAGAUGGAGCACUGGGAUUUGUGAGAAUGUUAAUUAGUAAGAGAAGCUUCCUAAAUUUAAGAAGAUCAAAGAUUGGGAUUAUUCGAAUCUGGGAAAAAAGAAGAACAGAAGGAGUAGAAAACUCAGCGUCUAGAAUGAGACAGCAGUGCUGCACGCUUUUGCAGUCGAAGAAUGCGAAAUAAUAGUGUUUUUGAGCAGUUUCCCCAAGUUACAGAGCAUGUCAAAACAUUGCAUUUUAAAGCAAAUUGUAUGGAUUUUUUAAAAUAAAAGACCUUUUCGGGAGACUAUGCUCUGCCUUAAAUUACCGUAGACUCGUAUUUUCCGAAAAGCUAACGAACAAUGACCGAGCGAGAAACGAUUAGUUUAAGUUUAGGUGUUCAUGUUGCAUGAAGUACGAAUAAAAAAUCAAACAAUGUUUAUAAACUUUAUAUGGUUUCACGACAAUUUCAACAUACUAUAAAUUGUAAAAUAUGCAUUUUUAAUGCACACAUGGGGAUUCUACAAUGAAAUAUGUUACAAUUAACAAGGUAAGACGGCGUUUGUAUUUUUUUACUAGAGUCGAGUGACUCCUCUGCUCCCUGUGCGCGUGACUUUUAAAUUAAUACUUGCGCGUGACUUUUAAAUGAAUACUUCUUUAGUUCUUUUCGAAUUUGGAUUGUUAUAUUCAACGAGUUUUAUGGGAUUCGAUUGGGACUAUUCUACAAUGAAGUACUAUUGGAUACUGUAAUGUCUAAAUACACAGCAAGACGAAUAAGUGGCAUUUAUCGGGCAGGGAAGUGGCGAGCCAUUGUAAUGGCGCCAUAUUUCAGUAUUUCACGAAAUGUCGAAGGACACAAUAUCGAAGAUAAUUACACUGCACUGUUUCAAAACUUGACGAAACCUUCUUUGAGAUCUUCUUCAACCAUUUAUGAUUAUGUAAAAGUGCAACAACUGGAUGAUAUUUGCCAGAUUUCAGUUGGCGAUAAAAAGCAAACAAGACGGCAAAAUAUGGUAUUAUAUUUAAAGAAAACAAUGACAAUCCUUAUGACAAUCCUCAUGAUAUUUGUUUUUAAGAAAUAGGGAUAUUUCAUUUCUGCCAGGCAUAUUAGUUAUUUUAUGCAUAAUUAGCAAUUUACCUGGAGUGGUGCAUGGUCAUUUUCGUGUAAAAUAUUAUACUUAGACAAAUUUUUUCUUCCACUGACCACCCUAGCCUGAAAUGUCAGGUUCAAGCGGGGAGAACGCCUUACAUUUCAGGCUACUGACCACCCCUAAAAGCAACCCUUCUGAACACUAUAAGCAGGCUAUUGCUUUUCUGAAGUUACAGCUAUGUUGACACUGCCUUUUCAGGGCGGGGUCAUUUUCAGGACUUUUGUCCCGGAUUCAGGUUUUGGCACAUAUGCCAUGUUGACCGCCAUGGUCAUCUUACCCUAAAACAGUUGAGAUUACCUGUGCUAAAUGAAACACAUACAAUCUCAUAUACAUGUCCUAGACUAUAAUAAAAAUUAAAGUCCGAUUCCGAUCUCGAAUUCCGAUCUCGAAUUCCGAGCUCGAAUUCCAAGCUCGAAUUCCGAGCUCGUAUCCUUGGCUCGGUAUAUAGUAUAUCUCUAGCUAGUGUGAACGCGACGGCUAAAUGUGACUUUCCCGCGCCGUUUUCAAACCUCUCCGGCGUAGCGCGUGCAUAUUGACAUUUCCCCUGGGAUAUGUUGAAUGGAUACUAAAUAUAAACUGUAGUGCGGGUGGAGAACAACCGUUAAGGUUUGUGAGAGUCUCUAUAUUGGUUAAUAUCACGUUAAAUGUUUGGCCUGCUUUUGAUCAUCUCUAAAGACGCGGGGUUCCAUUUUCAUCCAGGGAUCUCUACAUUAUUUAUAAUGUACGUUCUUUAUUUCUUUUUUAUUUUUAAUAUUUAGUUUAAUAUUCUUGCUGGCUGGUGGAGCGAUGGUUAUCUCCACUUAUGGUAUGUUCGCAAAAAAUAAUUGAAUUAUUUUAUAUUUUCAGUGUGUAUUGAUCAAUAUUCAUUAUUGGCAUUUAUUUCGUGUAUACGUCCAAAGGUUUUCUGUCUAUUAACAAAAAUUAUAAAAAUGAAACGUGUGCAAUUAACUCCUGCUAAACUUCUCAAACACAAGUUCGAUAAAUUUUAAGUGUUGUACGUGUCUGACGGCAUGUUUUGUACUGUCCAUACAAGGGUCAAGUCAUAUAAUAUUAUAAGAAAGAUAGAACGAGAUAGAACGUUUAAUUGAAUCAAUAAUUACAGUCGCAGAAACUGAAUUACCAUUGAUUUUACAAAAAUAAAGACAGUUCCAUGUAAUAUAUGAACAACGAGAGCGAGUGUUUCACCGGGACAUCCAAACACGAGAAAUUGUUUUCGAGUGUUUGGAUAUCCCGGUGAGACACGAGCUCGAGUUGUUUAUAUGGCUUCUCAAAUGAAUCGAGACGUAACAGAAUGUUUUCGUUUGCUGAUUUGAAUAGAAUUCUUAACCAAGCAUAACGUAAUUAGGAAUUCUAUUCAAGUAAUUUUCCAUGCGUAAUAAGAUAUUUGAUGAAAACACUAAUGACUUUCAUCAAGUUUCACUGGGUUAUCCAAAUGGCAUCUUGUGAUCAAAUAGGUGAUUGUCAUUGGCUGAAUUGCUCAUGAAUUAUUAAUGAAUUUGAGAAAUAUUCACACAGAAUAUAUAUAUAUAUAUAUAUAUAUAUAUAUUGUAACUAAUAAAUUGUCCAAAAUCUAAAGCAAUGUUGUUAACUGUUUAAGAAUCAUCUUAUAGUCCUUACGAGCGCAAUAAGGAAUAAAGGAAAAACUAAAUUUGUUCGCACGCAUGUUCGGAAGAUUAUAUUUUCCGUUUGUUCUGAGAUUAAUAAUCACCGAAUUUUUUGGAGGCAUCAGUUCCUUUAGCUUGUGAUCAUUAUAUGCUGCGAUUGAUGAAAAUAGUGAAAACAAUUGGUGAAAACAAUACAUUCAAGAUGGCGUCCUUAACCUUGGAAGGGUCUAUUCACUUCUAACUGCAAAAGUGGACGUGGUUAAUGUUUUAAGAAAAUAUAUGGAACGGCAAAACACUUUCUAAGACUAGACUAGAUGCAUACAUUCUUGUGAUAAAAAGUAAGAAAACAUGAGAAAAAUAUAACAUUCUCGAAAUGAACAAUUCAAUAUCUGUAUAUCUCCUAAAUCCCCUGCCAUGCUUCAUAAUUAUGACAAAAAUAUUUCAUCCCAGCCCAAGUUCAAAACUUCCCCAAUGUAAAUGAGCCCUAACGGUUUCGUUCUCACUUGUAGAUAUGCAUGAGAUGCUUUUUCCUGGCCUUAUUCUAACUGCAUUUGGCGGAGGAUGUUAUAUAUCAAUUCUUGUCAAGGUACUGAGAUUAGUAGUGCAUAGUCUGCGAAGAAAUGAUGGCUUGGAAGCCCAUCAAAUUUAAAGCCCUAAAAUAGAAGCUAAAAUCUUUGUUGGAUGUUAAGCUGAACCUCACUGUGCACAGAUAGACCUACUUUGUCAUAACUCUAUACCCGACACAGUCUGGAGCGAGGGUAUUAAUUCCGAUCGGCUAUUUACACCAGGUUAUGUAGAACAUAACGAAGUUUUAGACAGCUUUAGCAGAGACAAGACGACGUCAAUCAGGACGUGAAAAUGACGUCAUACACCUCGCGUUCACUUCAACCCUUCUCUAGUCGCAUCCAAGAUAGCAUCGCAAUAUUCCAUAAUUAUAAGUCCCAAAUGGCCACUCAUACGUAGAUACAGACAAUGAAUUUUGACAUUGGUCGUGCUGUUUAAGAACCAGCCGCCAUUUUCCUUCAGAAUAACGUACUCCUGACGUUACGGCUGUCAUAAUGCGGACUGCUUAUCAUUAUGAUGCUCGUAUUUUCUGUCAUUUUGUUGUUUUCUAUUAUUUUGUAAGAAUCUAAUUUGUCUACGCAGGUUUGUGGUGUUCUUCCUCGACGACGUUAUACCGCUAUCAGUGUAAUGAAUGGAGCUGGUGAUUCUUCUGCUAUGGUGCUACUUGUAUUUAAGGUAUGAUAUUAACGGCUUAUUGACCGAGCGUGAGGUCUGUAAUGUGAAAUUUCAGACCGAGGUUUUUUAGUCUGAUAUUUGGUCUGAUAUUUCACAGUACAGACCGAACAAGCGAGGUCUAUAAUCGGUUUAUUAUAUGGCUGAACUGAGUCUGUGAGCAUAUGCUUUUCGCGCGAAUUAAAUCGGCUAUCGUCAGUUUCACUGGGUAACAAUAUACGGUAGGCAUGCAUGCUCAAUCAAAAACAAUUUGGUUGUUUGAAAUUUUUAUCUGUAAAUUUUAAUGACACACAAUUGGAAAAUUAAAAAGCAAAAUUUUUUUCUCUUUGCAAAGCAAAAAUUUCCCGCCAGAUAAACAACAUCCGGGACAUCGGUCCAGAUACGGAAAAUACGGACCACGGUCCAGAUAUGGGUUUUUACGGACCGCUUCUCAACCAAUCAAAAUAGAGAAUUUUGAAAAGCCAUAUAAUAAGUAGGACCUACUGUACGGCCCUCGAAUAAUAAUACUUGUUCAUUAUAUUUUCUUCAUUAUUUUUUCCAGUUAUGUUAUAAUGCUGGGAUUUCGCUCAAAACUAUCAUCAUCGUUUACUAUUCCUUUGUCUUUGGGCAUGGAUUAUUGUUUACGUUUACGAUAUUUCCCAAAGAUCUGCCAGAUAGCACUCAAAUGGAUGUUACGGACAAUGGCGGAAAUAAUGAAAAAUAUUUUAGCUCAAGUAACACUGAUGGCAACGACAUAAAAACAGAUACAAACGGAUUAUUGAAAAGUGAAAAUGUAUUUACUGCAUCAGGGCAAACUAAGGAAAAUGACUCAGACAAUAUUCAGAUACAGGAAAAACGUCAUGAUCGUCGUUAUGCUUCGAAUAGAAAAUUUCAUGCAG